GUGGUUUACUGAAAGCGUAUGUAAAAAGUGUUGGAGAGUUAGGUUUCUCAUCUCAAUCUGCAAUAUUUGUCCUAAACAAGUGGGACAUGUUUUGUGACCAAAUUCGUUUGGAAGAAGACAGACAGAAGUACUUAGAUCUUGCAGCUAGAGAGAUCAAGACUCGUUGGCCAGGAUUUCAACGAGAACAACUUCUGGUUAUGAACUCAAAGCGAGCGCUGCUGUUGCAAACGUUUGGCAAACAUUCUCCAGAUUUGUCUACUCUUUGUGAAUCAAUCAAAAGAAUGCUUCCAAUAGCUCUUGAAAACAACCUUAAACGAUUGCUACUAAAACCAUGCGACCUAAUGAGCUAUGCAGAGCAUGCAUUGGAAACAACAAUCAGGCAGCUGAGAUUGCCAGUAGACGAAAGGAAGAUACGACUAAGGCAAUGGUGGGAAAAACUAGAAGCUGUUGAGUCGUCACUAGAAAAUGGACACUUGCAUGAAAUAACAAACAAUUUGCUACAAAAGACUCGCAAGUUUACAACGGUUGAUCUUAUCAAUCAUUUGAAGUCAGAAAAUGUACGUAAUAAUGUCCUGAAAUGGAGAAGGUCAGCGUUACAAGACGAACAACAACAAUUGUUUGAUGGUCGAAAGGUGAGUGAGUUUUUGCAAGAUCGAAUUACCGACGAAAUAGCGAAUUUUGGAGGCUACAAGAAUCUUCGUGAGUGGGUAAACAGCAAGUUUGUUGAAGACGCCCAGAAAGCACAAAAAACAUUGAACAUUCUGAACUUAGAUGUCACUGGUGGAAACACAUCAGAAAAAGAAAUCUCAGUUACUAGUGAUGACGAUGUCAACGAAGAUGAUGAUGACGAUGAUGUUGAUGAUCGUGAUGAUGUCGUCGUCCGAUCUGCUAAGAAAUUAAAAAUAGCUGCAGUUGUCGCGGCCACGCCAUUGUUAGUUGCAGCUGUUCCACUUGCUCUUCUUAUUGGAGUCAUCGCCACUCCUGUAGUUGCAACAUUGAAGAAGAUUAAGGAAAGGUCUUUCAAAGAAGCAGUAGCAAAAGCAUUUGAUGACUUCCUGACCCAAUGUCAAACAGAGUCCGGUGUAAAAAAUCUGCAUAACCUAGUUUUGAAUGUGCUAGAACAUUCCUGUUAUUCUGUAAAAUUUGUCAGAAAUGACAUUCCUGAGCAAAUAGCAACAACUCGCCAGCGAUUGAGGGCACUUGAACAGCAAGAUGAAGUUCAUGUUCCAAAAUACCAAGAGUUGCUGUGCAGAUGCCAAGAGCAAAGCGGUAAGCUGUCGAAGUUUGCCCUACAAUUCUAUCCUCACCGUUAUACCUACAGCGACCUCACAUGGGAUCAAACUAGUGAACCAAUAGGUACAUGCAGUUUUGGUACAAUUUACAAAGUCACCCUUCCUAAAAUGAAAAAAGCUGCACUGAAAUUGAGCGAUGAUCACAUUACGCCAGAAAAAGCUCUUGAUAUCAAGAGAGAACUGACCAAUUCUCGCAAGUGCAGUCACCCAAACAUUUUGAAAUUUUAUGGAACAGUACACGUCUUACCAAACCCACUGAAACUUGGAUUGCUUUAUGAAUGGUGUGACGGCGGAAGUCUGACAAACGUCAUUACAGAUGUCGAACGAGAGCCCGCGCAUACAGUAACAGGAUUCUCAAUUGCUCGAGAUCUUGCACUAAAUAUAGUCAAUGGCCUAGACUAUUUGCAUGGAAAUAAUGUCAUUCAUCGAGAUCUGAAGCCAGAAAAUAUUCUGAUGACUGCCCGAAGAGAAGUAAAGCUUGCAUAUAUAGGUCUGGCCAAGCACACAGACCAAUUGAAUGGUACUGUGUGUGCAACUAAUGCGUACAUGGCACCUGAGAUAAGAAGUGGCAAGCCCUACACGUGGUCAGUGGAUCUGUUCAGUUUUGGAAUCAUCAUGUGGGAAAUAUGGAAUGGGAAAAGAGCUUAUUCAGACGAUCAGAUCAUAAAAUUCUCGGCUGAAGAAUUCUCUAAGAAAGUAGAAGUUCGUCCAGACAAUGACGCGUUUACUGGUGAAGAGAUACCAGCAUUGCUUGCCAGUGUCCCUGAUGCUAUCCUUACCCAACAUAGAGCCAAAACGUGGGCAGGUGUGGCUAGAGCCUGCUGGUCAUCUGACCCUCAAAGUCGUCCAUCAGCUGCGGAGACGCGCGCCUCUAUUACAAAUAUUAUUGUUGCUACGUGAACCAGCUAUACAUCAAUGCCCAGUAAGCCACACGACUCUCAAAAGCAAUAUGUAUAACUGUAUUUACUCAUUACUGUGAACGCUGGAAAACAUACAGAAAGUUUAAUUGCUUGCAAUUUGUUUUAGUAUGCUCAAAAUGUCUGCUAUUAUGCAUGCAAAAUAGAUGCUAGUGUCUACAUUAAUCAUAGCGAUGGUCUUGCUUGCUUCGAAUAUCUAAUACUAAUUCAGUGCA